CUGCGCUCUUCCGCCAUGGGCGGUUUCUUCUCCACUGCUCCAGCGGUUCGACACUACCGGCCUGCGUCCGCGGCGCGGCCUGCAGAGGCAAGAAAAAAACCACAGCGUUCCCUGGGGGGUCUGUCUGUCUUAGGCCUCGCGGAGCUCCGCGACCCGGCUCCGCAGCGUCCCAGCGUCGAGGAAUUUGGGCUGGCGUCUGCGAAGGGGCAGGCGAAUCGCCGCUCGCGCGGGGCCUGCAACGCCGCGGCCUCAGCCAGGGAUAACGGCCGACCAGAUCUCCCUGUUCGGGCCGCGGCGAGGCGAAAGAAAUGAUAGAGAACGAUGACAAUAACAAAAUCUCCUCGGAGCCCGAGGCGAGCGGCGAUGGAAGAGGGGGGAUCAGCACGGAGGACGGAGGCGACCAGGAGGCGGACGAGGAGGGCGAUGCGGAGGACGACGACUGUGGCGGCGGCGGCGUGACUACAAAGGCCUUUCCUUCUGGGUGCCGCGCUUGCACGUGUGCAGGGGAACUACUGCCGCGGCGGGGAACAACUACUGUUACGCAGGACCAGAGGCCUGCAAGGAAACUGUGCCUUGCAACAGUCUGGCUCGGAGGAAGACGAGAACGAGAGAGAGGAAGUAGGAUGAAUGUGAAGUCCUAGAAACCAGGAACGAUAUACUUGCCGCGCUGCAACAAGGGAGCCUCGCAUGGAACGCCGCUACCGGGUCGUGGUGGUGCUCUUCGUGCUCCCAGGUAGCGGAAUCUAGAGGCCCCGGCUGGCGGGCCCUUCUGGCCCCCCGGGAGUAGCUGCUGUCGUCGACAGCUGGCUACCCCCCGGGGUGCCGCUCGCUUCGCGGGGCGGCGGAGGUGUCCGCCGGCUCCCGACCACAGAGCGUCGGGGCGCGCGGGACAGACUCGCGGCCGUGAGGAAGAGGGGGAAGAGAAGGGGGAGGAGGAGGAGGAAUGAACGGAAUUUGAAGGGCUUCGGAUUCGCGGUGUAGACAGAGCUGAUGAUAGCAGCCUCGCUCGACGCUCUGCGCCACAAUUCGAGCUCCACCCGUGAUAAGGGCGACGGCCAGGCAGAAGGCGAGGAGAAACUCGAGCAGAUUAGGCUGCA